AUGCAAGCUCAUUCUUUCUUUCUGUUCUUCUGGGCGGUUGCGACUAUGGCUCAGUUCGCAGUCUUCUCCCCUGCUGAGAAUAAGGGACUUACCUUUAGUGUUCACGUCCCAGAUUCCACUGCGAACAACCAGUCGGGACCCAUCUAUAUCCAAUUGAAUUCAACAAAAGCACAUGUAGAAUGGUUUGCCCUGGGACAAGGCAGCAAGAUGGCCGGCUCCAACAUCUUUGUUGUUUAUCGAUCGGGAAAUAAUGUUACUGUUUCCCCACGGACCGGAGUAGGACACGUUGAGCCUUUGUACAACCAAGGUGCCAAUGUUACCGUCAUGGAUGGCAGCGGGGCGCCCGCUGGGAUGAUAACGGCCAACAUUAGGUGUGACAAUUGUCUAUCAUGGAGCGGGGGCAAACUCGACUUGACCAGUGCAUCGAGUUCGUGGAUCUGGGCCAUCAAAUACGGAAAACCGUUGUUUUCCACCAAGGAAACCGCCACUAUCAAGGAGCAUGACCAAAUGGGUGUGAUGCAGGUCGACCUGAAGCCAGCUAUUGGCAAGACUUCCUCGCUUGACGACCCAUUUGCCGAUGUACCUGCAGUAGGAGUUGUCAGCGGCCCUACAUUCGACGAGGCAAAGUUUCGGCGAGAGAAGAUUGCCCACGGAGUGAUCAUGACUGUCGCAUUUGUUGGCUUGUUCCCUUUCUCUGCACUGCUCCUUCAUUUGUCCUCGGCGUCCAGUACGGUCGCCACUCAUGGUGCUCUCCAAUUGUUCAACCUUGGUCUAGCUAUUGCUGGACUAGCAUUGGGGAUCAUCAUGGCGCGGGAUAUCGGCCAGUUGACCCAUCAUCACCCUAUCAUCGGCUUCGUGGUGGUGUGCGGGCUGGCACUGUUCCAGCCUAUCAUGGGAUUCUUGCAGCACCGGUUCUACCGAAAGACUGGCGGCAAGGGCCCAUUUGCCUACUUGCAUCGCUGGCUUGGACGGGUCUUGAUUCUACUGGGGGUGGUGAAUGUCUUCCUUGGAUUUGUGUUCGUUGGCGUCGGAGAUGUUGAUGCCCCGCGGGGGGCAGUGAUUGCAGUCGGCGUGGUCAGUGCGGUCCUUCUUGUGUUCUAUUUCCUCACGGUGGGCGCAAACGAGAAGAAGCGACGCCGUCGAGUAAUGCCAUUGCAUACUGUUGCGUUGGGCGCGGCUUUGACGCCCACCGUCAUUCGUACUCUGAUUGAUCAUUAUAUCCAUCGCAAGGCUCACCACACAUUGCCCACCGUGCACAUUACCUACGAUGAGGGACUCCACAUCAUCCGAGCGUUUAUUUACUAUGCAUCCAAACACCCCGUGGAGGAUAUGCAGGCCUUUACCAGGCAAACGGUCCCGAGCCCGCACUGGGUACGAACCGAGUCGGUGACGAUCCCAGAAGAAUGCCUGUCUCUUGCCGCGGAUGCUCUAUGCAAGCAAUUGGGGCCCAAGGGGCUCCUGCGCGUGGGAGGAGAAAAGUGGUGGCAGUGGAGAGGACCCCCAGAGGACCUCAAGGCGGAGUGGAUUGAGAUGCGGAGCCACUACAAUCAAAUCAAGAAGGAGAAUGGUCACUGCAACCGGAUCAUGCUCUACAUUCAUGGGGGGGCAUAUUUCUUCGGAAGUCUCGAAACCCACCGAUAUAUGAUGCAACGGCAUGCGCGCAAGCUGAAGGGUCGGGUCUUUGCGCCAGCAUAUCGUCUUGCCCCGCAGUAUCCCUUCCCGUGUGGAUUGCAGGAUUGUAUCGCCUCCUACUUGUGGCUCUUGAAAUCGUAUGAUCCGAAGGAGAUUAUCCUCGCAGGCGAUUCGGCAGGCGGAGGAAUGGUGCUUUCCAUGCUGGUUACCAUGCGAGACCAGGAUAUCCCACUCCCAGCAGGCGGUAUUCUCAUUUCGCCCUGGGUGGAUUUGACGCAUUCGUUCCCUAGUCUUGUCGAAGACCACCCGGGAGACUACAUCCCUCCUUACGGUUUCAGGUACAAGCCCUCUGCGGCUUGGCCUCCACCAAAUUCGGACGACCUCCUGAAGAUCAAAAAACUAUCCCGCGAAAAAGCAGUCUCCCCCCAAGAAGUGCAUGAUGCAUUACCUGCUCCAGACAGUGCUGCGGAAGAGACGGCUGUUCGUGGUUACACACUUCACGAGGACACGGCGCCCCCGAGUACCCCUGCCUACCCUGGCCAGCAACAAACCCCGGACCCGAAAUCUGUCGCAGGACAGCCAGACAAUAUUCGUGUAUUUUUGGACGGCAAGACCGUCGAGCUUAAAGACCAGAUCCAGCUAUAUACUACUAAUCAGCUAAUUUCUCAUCCUCUCGUGUCCCCGAUCUUGAGUGGUGGAGGCGAGCUUCUUCGCGACGAGCAGUUCUACAUCGCACACAAAGCAGCCAAUCCCACCGCCUAUCCACCGAGCGACGUGUAUCUCGACGAACAUGAUCCCACCCGAGAAACCUUGAACAAGUACGAACCAACGUACGUCCACUUGCAAGUGUGGGACAACCUGUGUCAUGUAGCUCCCACCCUGAGCUUCACACGGCCUGCGAAAUACAUGUUCAGGGCAAUCUCCCAAUUCGGAUCAUGGGCCCUCGCACGGGCGCAGAAUGCUGGCGUUGAGAUCAUUGACGACGCUGUUGUCUCGCCAAUUUCGUCCAGCGGAACAGAUACUGAAGCUGGCACUACAGGCAAGGAUUCUAACGCAAACGGGCAUUCCAGGGCCUUCACCGGUCUCUCGUCUGUUGGCAAAGCCGGCGAUCCUUUGCCUGCUUUCCAUGAGCAUAUGAUUCGUGAGCGAGUGGAUAAACGUGGACGCGUAUAUCCGCUCGACCCUCCCUCAUCAUAUCCAGUGCUUCAAUUUCCACGGGAGAAAAUCGGCUCGGUGAACCCCGAACUGAUCCGGAAAUGGCUGGUCGCAAAGAACGAGUGGGACCAAAGAUUCGCCAAGGAAAAGCUACGUGUCCAACGCCAUCGCAUCAAGGAGAUGGCCCAUGGCUUCCAAGACUUUGGCGAUGAAGUUCCAGCUCCUAGCUCUUUGGCGGCACGUCGUGCUGCCCCAGGCGUGAUGCCCAAGCAUACAAGUAAGAAGAACUACGGAAUGAUGCUCUGGAGCGGCUGGGGAAGCAAACAUGACGAACACACCAUCGAGCGCGAAAAAAAGGCACAAAAAGCCGGGCGCCCAUCUACUCGCCAGAGUGUUGAUGCUGGCCAAGCGGGUGCUUGGUCCAGUCAGCCUACGAAGAAGUCUGAAAAAGAACAACCCGCAAAAGACCACCAGUCUUCUGCUACGAACGGUGCUCCCAGCGGCGCCGGGGCUGUCACCUGGGACGCAUCUAGCGAAAAGAAACCCACAAGCGGGCCUGAUAUACCUGCUGAUCAGGAACUCGAGUCUCGCCCACUAUCUCAGAAGAGCAAUGGCCCUAUUCUCGUCUUGCCAGAUGUCGAUAACCGUAAAAUGACAGACGAAACGGCCAGUACCAGAGCACUUUUUCAUGCUCCUGGAACUCUAGGUAUGCGAUCGGAUGCCUCGCUAGCCUUCCACCGAAGCCGACCAUCGUCGCCCGCCGGCGACGAUAGCAGUACGAUAGGCGGCGAACGGGAUUCUCUUGCAAUGUCCGCUGCCCAAGCCGAUGCUGUCAGCACACGUGCAGUUCUUAGCGCCAGGGGCGUGUCCAAAGCGAUGAACGCCGAUGAAAACGGUCGACCCUCGGUGGAUACAGCCUCAACACGUCACAAAGCUACCAAUAGUGAUGCAAGCCAAGGGCCCUCCUCGUCCCAAAGACCUAACAUGCCUGACAGAGGAGGAGUUUAA